AGGUUAAUUCUUUUAAAAUAUCACGUAGUGGGUACCGUACUAUGGGAGUUGUUGCUUCAGCUUUCAAUUUCUGUAAAGUCCCGUUUUAUAGCUGUAUCAUGCAUGUACUUCGUAUUUACUUGUAUCAUUACCUCUCUAUUUCUUAAUUCAACAAUCUUUGGUCUUCUUCAAUGGCAUCCGAGAUCUCAUUCGCCGGAAUUUUCGCUAUUAGCGCUACCGCUGCUUGUUUUGCCGAGUUCUGUACGUUACCUCUAGACACGGCUAAAGUUAGACUACAGCUGCAAAAGAGAGCAGGAUCAUUGGAAGGUGCCGGUGUAUCCAAGUACAGGGGAUUAUUAGGUACAGUUGCUACAAUUGCUAAGGAGGAGGGUUUAUUGGCUCUUUGGAAAGGCAUUAUUCCCGGCUUACAUCGGCAGUGUAUUUAUGGAGGCCUAAGGAUUGGGUUAUAUGAGCCUAUCAAGACCUUCUUUGUAGGCAGCUAUUAUGUUGGAGAUGUUUCCUUAUUCAGUAAAGUUCUUGCUGCUCUUAUUACUGGUGCAAUAGCAAUUGCUGUGGCUAAUCCGACUGAUCUUGUAAAAGUUCGUCUUCAGGCUGAAGGUAAAGCUGGUACACCUAGGCGAUAUGAUGGUGCUUUCGAUGCAUACUAUAUGAUAGUGAAACAGGAAGGGCUGGCAGCUUUGUGGACAGGAAUUGUGCCAAAUAUUGCAAGGAAUGCUAUUAUUAAUGCUGCUGAACUGGCCAGUUAUGAUCAUCUGAAAGAGAUAAUAUUAAAACUUCCAGGAUUUACGGAUAGUGUUUUAACUCAUCUACUAGCUGGUUUAGGUGCUGGAUUCUUUGCAGUAUCUAUUGGUUCUCCAGUUGAUUUGACCAGAAAUUUUUGAGAGAAGAUAUAUUUAUAAGAAAUGCACCAAAAUGUGGCAUAGCUGGUUCUUCCAUGCCACUCUUAUAAAAGAAGGGAAGAGAAGAGAAGUUUUAGAGGAUGGAUAGUAGCAACCAGCAACUUCUUUUUUUCUUUUUGCUAACAAUGGUGUCCGGGCCAGCUUGCGCGCACCUCGACUAAUUCCACGGAAUACUUGUCACCUCCCGCUAACAACAGGUACCAGGUAACUUUAUCCACCAAGACUAGAACAAAUGGGAAGAAAUCACCUAGUGUUUGUUUCUGUUGGUAAUUGAACCCGAGACUUCUUGGUGCUCAACCCAACUUCAUGGAACCUUUAGGCCACACCCUUGGAUGCACAACUAGCAACUUAAUUGUCUACACCUUUUCGUUUCAAGCUUUUGUGGGUCUCAAGUUGAGUUUUGUGAUUAAAAGAUUUAUCAUAGUUAGACUAUGUUUAUGUUGAUUGUUAACCUACUGCAAGCCUCUUUCUCUAUCUGAAUGCCGGACCAGCUAUGGAUUGUGAAGCUCAUAUAGGCAGAGAUGAUUUAAACCUUAGGUCACUAUUAGUAAAGAAGAAUAAAAGUAAUCAUAGAAUCUGGUAGAACCAAUACAAGCAUUGUCUUGUAUAUUGCUUAGCUAGAUAUUAGUGCAUUUUAUCUUUCCAGCAAUUUAUUUUGGAAGAAAAGUUAAAGAAUAAAACUUUAUCCUUAUAAAAAAAAAAAAAAGAAAGUGAAAGAAUAAGUAAGUUGUAGUUGAGGUUAUGUGUCUAUACCAUUAUACUCUUGGGACUUAGCUAUAUCUGUCAUGCUUGGUUGCAUGUUCGAAUUCCAUUCGGAUCUCGUAAACCAUACCAAAAGUUUUAGUUUGUACUAGAAAGUGGAUAUCCCCUUCAGACCGACUUAAAAUCCCAUCAAGCUUUUUCAUGUUAUUGUUGAUAGCUAUGUUACUCUAACUCUUUGUUUUUCAAAAAUGAAGUUCUUGAUGAAAUUUUUUAAUAUGGAGGUAUGGGAAGGCAUCAUAGAGAAAUUUGAGAAUCAGUUGGCUUCAUGACAGAUGCAAUAACUUUCUUUAGGGGGCAGGCUGACAGUCAUAAAAAUGUCCUAGACAACAUUCCCUCAGACUGCAUGCCCCUCUGCCCGUUGUAAAAAAUGAUAUAGCUACAGCGUGACACAAUGAGAAGGAAAUUCCAUAAUCGAAACAAGUUUCAACAUUAGCCAGACUAAUUUGUGAGGCAGUCAAAGGUGUUAAAUUACGAGCGAGAGUUUUAUUUUUCUAACGCUUACGUUAUUUUUUGUCUUUGCUGGGUGUCCUUUGAGCAGGUUCCAUAGCGUCGGAAGAUGAACUCAAAACCCCACGGUUAUACUUUUUCUAUUCUUACAUCAAAUGCUUUUUGCGGAAUGUGUAAUCCAACAUUGCAAGAAAAUGCUCCACUUCCACAAACUACUACCAACCAAGCUCCAUGAAAUGUUCUUCAACCAUACUAAGUCCAAUUUAACCAAGAUCCUCCAAACCAAAAUCUACCCAAUUUGGAAAAUGAAAUUGAGUAACAUGACCAACAAGGGGAUGAUGAUGAGCAUCUUAAUGAUGAUUAUGGUGUUCAAGAGAAUAUACCAAGGGGACUAGGUGGACCACGAGGACGGAGAGGUAGGCAUGGUCAAGUUCCAUAAAGAGAAAGGAUCGGGAAAUCCAGAUCGACUUAGAGGCCAAGGAGAAUAUAAUCAGAACCAAGGCAGAUAUAAGGGACGAGAUAUAGGUCUCAGUUCCAUCAAAGUCACUCUUCCUAUUUUCAAGGGAGGUAGUGAUCUUGAGGCGUAUCUUAAUUGGGAGUUGUAAUGUGAGUGGAUUUUCCAAACCCAAGAAAGCCACAUAUGCCAUUGGAAUUUGUGGUAUUUGCUUCGACUGUGUAGGAAUCCAUGAGUAGACUUCAAAGGGCUCAUGGUAAUGUCUACACCCCAAAAUGGGAUGAAUUGAAAAGACCCAUGAGAAUCAAAUAUGCGUCAGAAAGGAAUAAGCAAGAACAACUCAUGAAGCUUUAUAACUUGAAGCAAGUGAGAAAAAGUAUAGAGAGAUACUAUGAUGAGCUCCAAGUCAUGUGUUAAGAGUCCCACAUCGGAAAAGGGAUGAACAAUUGAUAUCCUUAUAUGGACUUGAGCAAUUCUCCCUGAUGAGCUGGCUGAGCUAGCUUUUGGGGUUGAUUUAGGCCUAAGAUCCAUUUCUUUACAUAGUAUUAGAGCCAAACCCAUCCCAAAUCUUUGUUCAAUGAUUUUGGGCCCGUAUAUUAUUGUAAUACCCCGAACUUUCUUUAAAGUCUAAUUUAGUCUCCAGAAGAUUUAGGGAUGACUUCCUAAGUGAGUAAUGUUUAAAUCAAAUAGAAUUUUCCUAAUUUUGACUUUUUAUCAUGUGGGAAUUGAAUUAGCUUUCCAAUGAUACCAAUUUCGUCAAAAUCCGAUGUCAGGAUAGAAAGUUAUGGCUGAAUUGCAGGAUUUUGAGGAUAUAUUUCCCAAAGAGCAUCCAAGAGGAUUCCCUCUACUAGGGGAAUUGAGCAUCAAACUAACUUUGUGCCAGGUUCACGAUUACCAAACAAGGCAGCUUAUAGAAGCAACUCCUAGGAUACAAUAGAGCUUUAAAGGCAAGUUGAAGAGCUCCUCAACAAAGGCUAUGUGAGGGAGAUCGUGAGUUUGUGUGUUGUUUCGGUUAUCUUAGUUCCAAAGGAGGAUGGAACGUGGCACAUGCGUGUUGAUUGUCGAGCCAUUAACAAAAUCACGAUAAAAUAUUAUCAUCCCAUACCUAGACUUAAUGACAUGCUAGUUAAUUUAAAUGGUUCAUGUGCUUUCUUAAAAUUGAUCUUAAGAGUGGUUACCAUCAAAUUUGGAUGAACCCAAGGGAUGAAAGGAAAAUGACAAUCAAGACCAAGAUUGGUCUCUAUGAAUAGAUGGUAAUGCCUUUUGGUCUCACCAACGCUCUUAGCACUUUCAUACGCUUAAUAAAUCAUGUUAUGAAGCCUUUCAUAUGCAAAUUUGUGGUUGUUUAUUUUGAUGAUAUCUUAGUGUAUAGUAAGACCAUUAAUGAACAUGUUGAGCAUUUGAGAUGUGUCUUUGGUGUGUUUUGGCAAGAACAACUUUAUGCUAAUCUUGAAACGUGUCUUUUUGUGUUGAUGAAGUUGUUUUGUUGGGUUUUAUUGUGAGCUCAAAGGGCGUUGAGGUUGAUGAAUCCACGAUAGACUCUUAAAAAUUAACUAGUUCCAAAAUCCAUAGGCGAUGUUAGUAGCUUCAAUGGCUUGUCUAGUUUCUAUAGGUGGUUUGUCAAAGGAUUUAGUACUAUAGCCGCCCCUUUAUAUGAGGUAAUCGGGAAUAAUAAGCCUUUUAAGUGGAGUGAUGAGCAAGCAAAGGCCUUUCAGACCGUGAAAUCAAUGCUUAGCUCCUCUCGUUUGUUACAAUUAUUUGAUUUGGAAAAAAUGCUUGAAGUUGAAUAUGAUACUAGUAAAGUAGGCAUUGGAGCUAUCUUAAUGCAAGACCGAAAACUCGUUGCUUAUUUUAGUGAAAAACUAUAAGCUGCAAUUUUGAACUAUUCUACUUAUGAUCUUGAAUUUUAUGCUUUGAUUAGAGCAUUGGGUAAUUGGUACAUUACUUGUUCCCAAAGAAUUUGUCAUUCAUACCGAUCCUUGAAACAUCUUUGGGACCCCGAAAAGUUAAACAAAAGGCAUGCCAAUUGGAUUGAAUUUCUUGAAACUUUCCCCUAUGUAAUCACCAAUAAAAGAAGGUAAAGGAAAAUGUGGUGGCCGAUGCCUUAUCUAGAAAACAUGUUUUGGUUAAUAUUUUGUCCUCUAAAUUGAUGAGUUGUGAAUGCUUAAAGUCAUUGUAUCCCAAGGGCCCUACUUUGCCAAAAUCUCUAGAUUGCGAAUAAUGGAAAAACAAAAGGUGGGCAAGGGAUAGGUCCUCUAUUCCCUUUUCAACAUUUGAUGUUUCUUGUUCAAAGGAAAGAGGCUUUAUGUACCAUGAGCUCUUGGAGGGAGUUUUUUGUGAGGGAGGCAUAUGAUGGGGGAUUGAUAUGUCACCUUGGUAUGGAUAAAACCUUGGGAAUUCUUGAAGAGCAAUUUUAUUGGCCUAAAAUGCAAGCCGAUGUUGCUAAAAUUUGUGGUUAAUGUGUUGAGUGUAGAAGUACUGAAUCUAGACUUCUUCCCCAAGGUUUGUAUACCCAUCUUCCCACUCCUCAAAGACCUUGGUUAGACACUUCCAUGGAUUUUGUAUUGGGCUUACCAAGGACGAAAUAAGGAAAGGAUAGCAUUUUUGUGGUUGUUGACCGAUUCUCUAAAAUGGCACAUUUCAUUGCAUGUAAUAAAUUUGAUGAGGCUUCUAAUGUCUCCUCUUUGUUUGUAUGUGGUCAAAUCGCAUGAUAUUCCCAAGAUCAUAGUGAGUGAUAGGGAGUCCAAGUUCCUUAGCCACUUUUGGAAAGCAUGGUAUGGUCCCGUCUUGGGACGAGUGGGUGAUAGGGACUCCAAGUUCCUUAGAAUAAAAAUGAUCGUAGCUGUUGAAUCCUUCAAGAACCAUUGUGAGACAGCGUUGCUGCUUUUGUUUGUCACUGUAAAAUAAUUGUGACCCUUCAAAAAACCCUUUGUUUUGGCCCCACUUAGUGGGCAAAAAAAUGUCAUUUUAAGUCCCCAUUUCGUUACCAGUGAAUACUUAGCUUUUGAGUUUUUUUUUUUUGGGUAAUUCCAUUUCUUUUGAGCAUCGUUCGAUAUACAUUCUCAGUCCUUGUGCCCCGGGAUCAUGUUAUAUAUGUCCAAAAAUAUUUUUCUUAAUUUGUUGUCAUCGUAGGGUACAAAAA